CCAGGCCGCAGCAGCGUGGGUAGGCUGUUUGGUACUGCUGGAUUGCACUGGGAAUCUGUGAGCACUAGAAAUUGACAAAUGCAGACUGACAUGAAUUCAUUCUCAGAUGUUGGGUGAUCAAAAUGAACCAUUUCUUUACCAAUGACGCUCCGGAAUUUUUCUUUUCUCAGAGCCUUGCUUUAUCAUGGCGGCGGAGAAUUCACUUGGGAAUACCUUCGGAGGAAAUGCCUACCAAUGCGAGCUCCCAAGCGUCUGUGCAGGACAGAACGACAUCCAUGACUGUGCGACGUAUCACGUGUUCAACGGACUGUUGUCUUGACAGCGGUGAGGUCUACCGAAACGAAAUACCGAGGACAUGGGAUCAUCUAAAGGGCUUUUGGGAAGGGAAUGGACCUGUUAAAGACAAGAUGAGCCGUAAAACCACAAGUUAGGAGGACGGUAAACUUGCAAUUUGAGUUCAGCCAGAUCGACCACAGAGGCCACUUGCUACCUGGUUCAGCAAACCUCCAGUUACGAUGCCAGGCGCCGAUGUCAAGAAGGUAGACCGCAACAACGCGAAUGAUUUAUCGAGGAAUUGGUCGAGGGCGACUCUAGAGAAAGACAGUGAACGGGUAGGAGAUCAAUGAUUCGGUUGGAGGAGAUUCCAAAGACCAGGCUGGACACACGUUAGCACUCUACUGUUCAGAAAGGAUGAUAGUGGAUCAAUGGACUCUGAUGCAUACCU